UUCCUCCGCCACUCCCGCGGGUCGCUGGGUCUCGGAGCCGUCGCCCUUUCCUUUUCCUCCUUUCGCGUGCUCACUCCCCAUCCCAUGCGGGCGGCGGCGGGGAAGGAGUCUCUGGUGGCUGCAGCAGCAGCAGCAGCAGCAGAAGCGGCACCCGCUGGAGCGCAACCUCGAGCAGCCGGCUCCGGCUCUCCCUUCCCCGAACAUGUCCCGUUGCUGCUGGCGCCGCUUCUGGUGAACCCGGCUGGGCGGCGGAGCUCUUGCCAUCGCUGCUGCUCCUGCCGCCGCCGCCGCCACCUCCACCGCCACCGGAGAGCUCGCCGUUCCGAGAGGCGCUCAUGAGUACCGAGACGUCGUCCCGCGCGUCUGCGCACCUCCGCGCCCUUUUUAGGAUGGAACCCAGCCCGCCUUUGGGCUCGGAGCAGCUGCUGGGCGCCUCCGAGUUCCUCAAAGACCGACUUUAUUUUGCUACUUUGCGGAACAGACCCAAAAGCACAGUCAACACGCACUAUUUCUGUACGGAUGAGGAGUUUGUUUAUGAAAAUUUUUAUGCAGAUUUUGGACCUUUAAACUUGGCUCUGGUGUAUCGAUUCUGCUGCAAAUUAAACAAAAAAUUAAAGUCCUUCAGUCUAUCAAGAAAGAAAAUUGUGUAUUAUACCAGCUUUGACCAACGGAAAAGAGCAAAUGCAGCAUUUUUAAUAGGUGCAUACGCAGUAGUUUACUUGAAGAAAACACCAGAAGAAGCUUAUCGGAUACUCUUAUCUGGGUCUAAUCCACCCUAUCUUCCGUUUAGGGAUGCUUCAUUUGGGAACUGUACAUAUAAUCUAUCUAUUCUCGACUGUCUGCAAGGACUAAAAAAGGCCUUACAACAUGGAUUUGUUGAUUUCAAAACAUUUGAUGCAGAUGAAUAUGAACACUACGAGAGGGUAGAAAAUGGUGACUUCAAUUGGAUUGUCCCUGGAAAAUUCUUAGCAUUUAGUGGACCACAUCCGAAGACCAAGAUUGAAAAUGGUUACCCGCUUCAUGCACCCGAAGCCUAUUUCCCAUACUUUAGGAAGCACAACAUAACAACCAUUAUAAGACUCAACAAAAAGAUUUAUGAAGCAAAACGCUUCACAGAUGGUGGAUUUGAGCACUACGACCUAUUCUUCAUCGAUGGAAGCACCCCGAGUGACAGUAUAUUGCAACAGUUUUUGAACAUCUGUGAGGAAGCAGAAGGCGCUAUUGCGGUACACUGUAAAGCUGGUCUAGGAAGAACAGGAACACUAAUAGCUUGUUACAUAAUCAAACACUAUAAAUUCACCCAUUCUGAAGCCAUUGCCUGGAUACGAAUGUGUCGGCCAGGUUCUAUUAUUGGACCCCAGCAACACUUCCUUGAAGAAAAACAGUCAAUAUUGUGGGUCCAUGGAGACAUAUUCCGAACGAAACAGAAAACAAAAGAAGUAGAAGAAGAUAGUUUCAGCAAAGUUUUAUCGGACUUUGAUGACAUUUCUAUCAGUGGAACUUCAAAUAGAAUUGACAAUUUGGAUAAAUACAUAGAGAAUGGUUUGGAAGAAGAUUCAGAAGCUAAGAAUGACAUGACCCAGGGAGAUCAACUUUGUGCCUUAAAACUUCAGAGGCAGCCACGUUCAGCUACAACAGGAGCUCUUAGGUUAGAAGAUAUGAAAACACAUGUCAGAUCCAUAUCCCAGCCUUUCAGAUUGAAUACAGCAGCUCUCUCCCAAGGAUCCAUGUCUCCUUUGAAGGCCACCAAAGUUAUCGUUUCGGCAUCACCCACAGCAAAGAGAAUAAAUAGGCAUGCUCCAUCCUCAGUUCCAAAUUUUAAAAGGGCAAGUGGAGUGAAGAGCAUAGCCCAACUUCAAAGGAACAAUGGAACAUUACCAAAGAUUAUGCGAUAAGAGAACGUUUGGAAAAGAAAACACGAAGCAUUACAUUUAAGAGAGUAGGACACUUGUUCAACACAAAAAUCUAAAUUUUGUUAAAUCAAUGGUGAAAGCAAAGCAUUUGCCUUCUGCUUUAUUUUAAGUGAGGUCCGACACUCAUCCGUACUCAUAAGCUGUGCACUUUCAGGACAAGCAGCUCUAUUUAAUGUGCAAAGAGUAGGAAGUAAUAAGCAGAAGAAAUUAAAGGCAGGAGAUAAAAGAAACAACUCUAAUUAAACGUAGUUUUGUAGAAGUAGCACUGUUCAUUAUACCUCUCCAUAGCUUUCCAUCUUUGCAAACCAUCCGUACAGACUUUUGUUCUUUAAAUGCCAAACUUCUCAUUUUUCCUUCCAUUAACUCUUCUUUCGUAAAAUCGUUCAGCAACGUUCAUUGUGUUUGUAUGGCAAAACCAUCUCAAUACACUUUUUUUCAUACUGCUUACUCACUCUUCUAUUCAGAUUUUCUCAGCCCCCAUUCACUCUUGAUCCUUUCUCUUCUUGUUUCUGUGGUCUCCUCCUGAGGAGCAACUGUCCGGAGUGUAGGUGGGCAAUCUCACGUUUCUUUCCAGGUCAUCAAUCUCUGCCACAAUGCCAUCCCCGUGCCUUCAGAGAUAUCUACUUAAUCAUGGAACCUUAACCAGAAAUCACAACUGUUACCUUUCUAGGAAUUCUUACACUCUUAGAAUGACCUACAUCAUGAGAUUUAAUUCAUUCUUUCUGGUAGACAUUUCAGCCUUUCAUUCAUGAUUAAACCUACACCUUCCUUUUCUUGCACACAUGCAUUAGCUGAACUCCGUAAAAUCAGGCAAACGUGUUCAGAUCUAUUAAUUCCUUCCCUUUUCUCUUAAUUUUACAAACACAUGAAGAAUCUAAUUUAGUUAACUUUAUUAAUUCAUGCUCUUUAUCAUUUAUUCCUUUUAUAUUCCAUACUCCAAGUCAGCAAGUAGGUUCAUGAAUAUUUAAUUUUUCCUGCCUAUUAUAGCUUUGAUCAGUUGAGGCGUUUACAUAAGAUAAAGAAUAAACAGCAUUGACCAUCUUAAUUACAGCCAUACCUCUUUUGACAUAUUAUGAUCCCAUAAGUGCAAUCAGAGCUCAAACGUACCUGUGCUGUUCUAAACAAGCCAGGAUGGUUAUAUACUAAAUUACUAUUGACCCCAUCCAAUCAAUCAGAAGUAAUCAUGCAUUAUACUGACAUAGUCACGAUCUACUAAGUGAAGUCAAUAGCAUAAAUCAAAAAGAAGGCCCAUUUAAGCUACAGAGCCUUGUAGAAUAGGCUCAGGAGCAGAAGAGGAUAAUAAAGCUGUUUCUGUUCUUUCAUUAAGAAGAAAAUCAACCCUAUUAGCAUUUGUAGCUUGUAGCGCAGGGCAGAAAGCAAUUAUAUUUGUUAUAUUAUUUGAUAAAGAUAAUAAACACAUUU